UAAUAAACUAAAAUUGAUAUUAUUCUAGAAAAAUAUAUGUUUAAGUUAGUAUUAUUCGUAGUUAAUCAAUAAUUAGUAUUUAAAAGAUGCAAGUUUUAAUGGAAAAAAAGUAUCAAUUCAUCCCCUCCCAAACGGAUACGGUACUUGCCUACUUGCACUGUGGUCUGGUCUCCAUCGUGAGUGUUAAUCAUGGCUUUAGCUUCCAUCUUCUUGCCAUUUUCUCAAUUAAAUUUCUGUUUCGGUUUUUCCGUUGGAAGCUCUUCAUCAAGACAUCCAAUUUUGAAGAUGCAUUGUACUAAUUCUAAGGAAAGUAGCAUCCUUGAGCAACACAGUGGGCAAGAUGAGCCCCCACAUGAAAAAGUUCGGACGCCUUCAAAUUCAAACAAUAAUUCGGUAACUUAUAAUUCUGAGAUGGCUUCACGAAAAAAUCUCCCCCCGCUAGUUUCUGCCUUAAAAACUUCUGCUGAAGAAAAUGCUGCAAGUUUUCAUUUUCCCGGACACAACCGAGGUAGAGCAGCUCCAUCCUCAUUGACUGAGCUCAUAGGUCGAAGACCAUUCCUUUAUGAUCUUCCUGAGUUACCUGAGCUUGACAAUCUCUUUGCUCCAGAAGGACCUAUUCUUGAAGCACAGAAGCUGGCAGCAGAAGUUUUUGGGGCGUCAGAGACCUGGUUUCUUGUUGGAGGUACGACUUGUGGAAUCCAAGCAGCUAUAAUGAGUACCUGCAGCCCUGGAGAAACUUUGGUUCUCCCUCGCAAUUCCCACAUUUCAGUAAUAUCUGCAAUGGUCUUGAGUGGAGCAGUACCAAAGUAUAUAUUUCCUUAUUACAACUGUGAUUGGGAUAUCGCGUCUGCUGUCUCUACAUCAGAGGUAAAUAGAGCAAUCAAAGAGUUGGAAUCAAGAGGCCAGAAGCCAGCAGCUGUUUUUAUUACUUCCCCUACUUACCAUGGGAUAUGCAGCAACUUGAAGGAGAUAGCCGAUCUGUGUCAUUCACAGGACAUUCCUCUGAUUGUAGAUGAGGCUCAUGGUGCCCACUUCGGUUUCCACUUGGAGCUUCCUUUAUCAGCCCUCCAACAAGGAGCUGAUGUAGCUGUCCAGUCUACUCAUAAAGUGCUGUGCUCUCUUACUCAAUCGUCUAUGUUACAUCUUUCUGGAAAACUGGUCGAUAGAGGAAAAAUCUGCCGAAGCUUGCAGACCCUUCAGAGUACCAGCCCAAGUUAUUUGCUUUUAGCCUCACUGGAUGCUGCUGUAGCUCAACUUAGGGAGGAUCCCACUAUUUUCGACAAUGUUAUUAAUUUGGCAAUGGAAGCCAAAACAACGAUUGAACAGAUCCAAGGCCUCUCAGUGCUUGAUUAUCCCAACUUCUCCGAGUUUCCUGCCAUUGACCCUUUACGAGUGACUCUUGGCUUCUAUGAUCUUGGUAUCAGUGGAUAUGAAGCUGAUGACUUCUUAUUUAAUAAUCAAAGAGUCAUUUCUGAACUCACUGGGUCUCACUUUGUAACAUUUCCGUUUACUAUUGGAACAUGUAGGGAGCAUGUCGACAGGCUAAUCUUGGGGGUCAAGAAUCUAUCAUCGUCUUUCUACUUGCACCAGAGGAAAAAAGAGGGAACGAAGAAGCAUGGUGAUCUUAAACCCUUCCAAGAUAUUAAUGUGGAACUAACUCCACGAGAGGCCUUCUUUGCGAAGAAAAGGAGGAUAACUAUUGAAGACAGUAUUGGGAAGAUAUGUGGGGAGCUAAUAUGCCCUUAUCCUCCUGGUAUUCCUGUAAUGAUUCCUGGUGAACGAAUCUCGGAAAGAGCUUUGGAUGUCCUACUGCAAGCUAAAGCAUGUGGUGCUACAUUAAGUGGCGCUUCAGACCCGGAUCUGUCAUCAAUGGUUAUAUGUGAUGAUUAAUUGGCUUGACUCAGUUCUCGGAGGAAAAAUUGGCGAAACACUUGCAGAAGAUGAGUUCAUUGUGGUGACCAAUAGCUGAAUGCUUUUCAAAAAUAAAAAAAAUAAAA